AUGCCGAAGAAGCUAGCUCCGAACACCAAGGCGGAGGAGGCGCGCGAGCGGAAGGCGGCGGCGGCGGACGAAAAGAAGCGCGCGGCGGAGAAAGCCAAGGAGGACGCGCGAUGGGCGGACGAGGGCCCGAAAGGCCGCGGCGCGAAGAAGAAGGAGGAGGACGAGCAGAAGCGCGCGGAAGCCGCCGCGAAACGCGCUGAGAAGAAGCGGCUCGAGGAGAUCGAAGCGCAAGAGAUGGCGAAGAUCUCGGGGAAGGGGGUGUCCGUCGGUGGCGCGGGGGCGGGGGCUCGGCGCGCAGGCGCGGGGAGCAGCGGCGGGGGAGGCGCGAAAGUGACCCAGGCGGAGCUUGCGCUGAUCAAGGAGCGCGAGCAGAAGGAGCUGGCGGGCGCGGAGGCGGAGCGGCGGAAGAAGGCUGCGCGGGUGGCGGAAGAGGCGGAGUAUGCGCGGAUGCUAGAGGUGGAGAACACGAACCGCAUGGCGGUGGCGGUAGAUGCGCGGAACGUGGGGGAGGCGCUGAGUCAGCUGAGCGUGGCUGCAGGGGAGGAGGGCAGCGCCAGUGUUGAUAAGCACCCUGAGAAGCGAAUGAAGGCUGCUUUUAAGGCCUUUGAGGAGGCGGAGCUUCCGCGCAUGAAGCAGGAGCGGCCUGGCUUGACUCUCACGCAGUACAAGGAGCAGAUUUGGAAGGCGUGGAAGAAGUCGCCACAGAACCCCAUGAAUCAACAGUAA